UUCUGUCUGGGUCAAAACGGUUUUCUUUUAUACURAACAUUUUCUUGGAAUUCUAAGCUUUCAGCUUGAAGUUUGCUUUUUUAACCCAUGUUUCAUCGCUUUCUAUCGACGAAUCUAGUUAUUUAARCGUCGCAGAUGUAAAAUCUUYGGCUUGAAUGAGAGUAUUCUAACAAUCAUGAUUCUAGGAUGUCGAGUUGUUCGAGGACCAGACUGGAAAUGGGGCGACCAAGAUGGAGGAGAAGGAKGUGUUGGRACAAUUGUUGACCUACAAAARUUUGYAGRUGGUMAAAMAUUGCCGUCRAAAWCUGUWMUGGUGUGUUGGGAUAAUGGGAAGCAAGCURAUUACAGGACUGGAUUKAAUGACUGCUACGAUUUACGAGUCUUUGAUUCCUCUUCAGCGGGAGUUGUGUUUAACGCUUUUACUUGUGAUGGAUGCAUGACCUCGGUCAUCACAGGAAUACGAUGGCACUGCACAGUAUGUCACGACUUCGACUUGUGUAAUGUUUGCUACAUGAAUGAUGUGCAUGAAAAAAACCAUGCAUUUAUGCGUUUUCAUAUAUCGAACGACAAAACCAAUGGAACCAAUGUUGGAAAGCGCUCUGACGCUGCUGAGAAAAAGAUUCGCGCCACUGGAAUAUUCCCUGGUGCCCUAGUAAAACAAGGACGGGACUGGACAUUAGACAAUGACUUAGGCUCAAAGGUUGGAAAAGUAGUAGGGCUAACUGCAUGGGAAAAUACACCCAGGAGUGCAGUCCUUGUAAACUGGGGUAACUCUAUUGAAAUCAAACACAGAGUUGGAUAUGAAGGCAAAAUGGAUUUAUGCCCAGUCAAAGCUGCAAAUGGGCYAUGUUACUAUAAAGACCAUCUCCCUGUGGUAUCUACGAUUAAUAUGCCGAGGUCAGGAGGGAAUGAAUUGCGAGAAGGAGACAUGGUGAAAACGGAACUGGACGUUGAAACACUGAAGCAGUUGGCGGAAGGUCAUGGGGGAUGGGUAGAUGCAAUGCAAAAAGUAACUAUAAAUUUGCGAACUGGAGACAAAGUCAGAGUUGCCGGUAACAAAGAAACAGUGAUGAACCUACAAGAAGGUCAUGGAGGCUGGAAUAAUGCAAUGGAAAAUGUAUUAGGUAAAGCUGGUAAAGUGAUUCGAGUUGUUGAUAACGGAGAUAUGGUGGUUAGCAUCGAGGAUCGUGUUUGGGUUUUUAAUCCAGAUGCUCUUAUUUUGGAGUCCAAAGAAGAAGAGAGAACGCCUGCUGGACAUGAAGAUCCUUCUUCCAGCUCUACAACUGCCUUAGAACUUCUGUUUCACGCUAUGCUUGAAGGAGUGGCAAACGCUUCCAGUUCAGAAGCCGGUUCAGUUGAACUUUUUGUUGCUACUACUGCUGGAAACUUGGAGCAAGUCAAGCAGAUCAUCGGUAACAACAAAGCCUUGGUAAAUCAAAAAUUUGCCAGUAACAAGACGCCCUUGCAAGUGGCCUGUCAUCAAGGAAAAUCUGAGAUUGUGUCUUAUCUACUGGAAAACGGAGCUGACAAAGAACUAAGGGAUGAACAAGGUUACACAGCAUUGCACCACGCUGCUUAUGGUGACGAAACCGGUGUUUGUGUUGUAGUCAUGCUUUCUGCUAAUGCUAAAGUGAAUCCAACCGAUUUGGACCGAACCCAGGUAACACCUCUCCAUCUAGCUGUUCAAAGAGGCAAUGAAGCAGGUGUGGUCGCUCUGGUACAAUCUAAGUAUUGUGAUGUCAAUUGCCAGGACGUAUUGGGAGACACACCUUUACAUGAAGCAAUUUUACGCAGUCAGAAUAACAUAUUCACCCUUCUACUCAAGGUCAAGAACCUGGAUCCAACUAUUUGUAAUGUAAAUGGAUUCAACAUACUGCAUUUGGCCUGUCUGAAAAACUGCCAACAUGCAGCCAAGUUAUUGAUAGAAAAGUUUCCAGGUUUAGUGGAUAUUACUAAAGAAGAUGGAUUUUCAGCUUUACAUGUGGUUUCAUUAAACAACCAUCAUGAAAUUGCCAAACAUUUGAUUUUAUCGGGUCAUUGUAGCAUCAAUAUGCGAAACCAUGAGGGCAUGACAGCUUUAGCUUUGUCUGUAUCAAGGAGUCACAAAGAAAUGAUCGAACUUUUGAUUAAGCAUCGAGCAGAUGCCAAUGUGGAAGAUAAAGAUGGAGACACACCCCUUCAUGUUGCUGUCAUGAAACACUGCAUCGUACACUCAGGGGUCGAUAUUCAGUCUUAUGGUUUGGAUGCUCCAGCAGGCAACGAGGCUGAAAAAGCCAUUGCACUUUUCCUAGUCACCCAAGGUGGAGCAAAAUCUGACUACAGUAACCAUCAAGGAAAGACCCCACUGGACCUUUGUAUUGAUACAGAAUUAAAGGGGAUGCUCAAGCGCCAAGACUUAGUGCGAAGAAAUAAAUACCAAGGUGGAACUCAAGCUGCUUUGGCUACACCACCACGACCAGUGCCAGGUUCUUUUCGAGCUCCUUCGCCUAGGACAGCUGUUCCACUACCGAUAGCCUCUCCUGUUGCAGGAAAUCCUAACCUGUUACCAACUUCACCAGGUUCUCCAAAGGAGCCUUGUGAGGAUCCUCCCAAUUCAUUUCCAGAACCUAAACCUAUUCCAGCUAAAAGUGCCAUAGGGUCAUCUGAUGAUGCCAAAAUGUUAAGUACAACUAAGCCUCUUCCAAUUGAUCCUCCUACGCCGGUAUCAAAGCUUCCAGCUGUUGUUUCAGCAGGAGGAACAGUAUCGUCAAGACCGAUGGAUACAAGGGCUAUAGCCACUGCGCCUGGGCCUGCAACCCCAUYUAGAUCUACUGCUGAAGCGACUCCAGAACCUAAACCUAUUCCAGCUAAAAGUGCCAUAGGGUCAUCUGAUGAUGCCAAAAUGUUGAGUACAGCUAAGCCUCUUCCAAUUGACACUCCUUUGCCGGUUUCAAAGCUUCCAGCUGUUGUUUCAGCAGGAGGAACAGUAUCGUCAAGACCGAUGGAUACAAGGGCUAUAGCCACUGCGCCUGGGCCUGCAACCCCAUCUAGAUCUACUGCUGAAGCGACUCCUGCUGGUGAUAUAUCCAUGGCGUUAGCGAACCUGGAAUUACGAGAUGACACAUCUGCAUCUAAUGUUGUAGGCACUUCUUCUGCAGAAUCCGAAAGGAAUACCAAUAAUAUUAUAGAGUCAGAAAUAAGCACCUCUUCAAAUGAAAAGGCAAAAAUGGUGGAAUCACAAAAGUCUAACUUGCAGGAUGAACUGUGUUGUUAUUGUAGAGAGGACAAAGCAGAUGUGAUUUUCAAGCCUUGCAACCACAAAGUCGUGUGUCAGGGUUGCUCYGUGAGAGCAAAGGUUUGCCUCCAAUGCAAACAAAACAUCACUAGCAAAAUUGCUUCAGGGAAAGAGGCUCCACUCGUGUCCUUUACAGACGUCAAAAAGGAUUAUGAAAAGAAAAUAAAUAAAUUAGAGCGUCUGGCAUUUUGUCAAAUUUGCAUGGAAGACGACAGACCAAGCAACGUGGUAUUCCGACCGUGUGGUCACAAGUGCUGCCAGGAAUGCGCUAGAAAAUUGAACAGAUGUCAUAGUUGUGACAAGGAAAUAGAUGAAACCAUUGUCUCAUAUCAGUAGCAAAUGGACUGCUGAGAUACUGCUGAAAGACUACAAUUCUAGCUGGGCGGACUAGUUCUAAGAUGUCACGAGAGAGAAGUGUUACUUCCCUACGGACACAUAGAUUCUCGUUGUCUUUUUGUGGGUCUUCUGUUCUUCUUUAUUUCUUCAGUUGUAUAACUUUAACUUUACUUUCUGCGAUUCCAAAUCCAACUCCACUAAAUUCAACUCAACUAAAUUCUGUGCUACAUGCACUUAACUAGUGUUAAUCAGAUUAAGGAGAUGACGUCAAUCAGAAGCUUGAUUGACAUCUCUUACAAUCAUUUUCAUUGGCUAACUAAAUGUAAGCAUAAUAAUUAUUUAGUCCACAAUUCCCUAGGAGGAAUUUCAACUGUCAUGAAUUUACAACACAAAACCGUCCAGUUAGACUACAUAGUUUCCUAGCAGUCACUGAAAUAAGAUUKAGCGGUGAAUCGAAAUUAACAGAGACUUGACUGCUACAAAGUGGGACUAUCAGUCGAUUACUGACAGCGCCCAGUUACUUAAUAAUCAGUAAGAUUGGGACAAGCACUUCCCAUCCCAAUCGUUACUUAAAAAUAACUAACAGCUAAUCUAAAAAAUGUAGUCACAAAUCCUUUCGCUGCUUCUUUCUACCUACCGGAAUGUCAAUUACUAAUUAUCGACUUCGCAUUAUCAUUGACAUUUCGGUUCCCUAAACAUGAUUUGGAAAACAUAAUCAUCUUGGUUUUCCUAAGCUCCUUUUCCGGCUAUCCAAUCUUAAUACCUUUUUACAGACUCUCUGGCGCUCACUGAGUCACUAACGGAUUUUCUCUCAUAAAUGAAUUAAUAUUAAUGGUUCCUUCUUUGCAAAGAAUUUAGAAAUGGAAAGCUGUAAUUACAUAGGAUCAUGAAGUCCUCAAGUGGGCUAUCUGUGCUCCAUUUGAAAGAAGGGAAAGAGGAAAGAGGUUCCCGCCUUCCACUAGCUCUAUCCUGAUGUACCUGACUUUACUCCAGGACGUUGCUCCUUAGUGUUAGCCGAAUUCGUCGCGGCGGAAUUUAUUUUUAUAGCAAGAUCAGUUUACCUUGAGCGUGGCGUUUUUUACCCCAUUGCAAAACGCUUUAAUGAGCAUGCGCUGUAGGAAGGUACAUCCGUGUUAUAAGGGUAAUUCGUUACUUUAAAACAAACCUGUGUGGCAAGAUUCUAAAAAGCACGCCCAAAGUUAAAGGGUCUAUUAGUUUUUAUAAAAUAGAUUAAAUAGUACGCACGCUGUGA